AUGCCGGCGCAGUUCAACUUUGACCACCGGUUGCAGUCGCGAGUAGCCAGAAAUAGGGACAGCGUUGCUGCCGGACACGAAUUGGAGCCGCUGGAGCGGUCGCAGUCUCCGUCGUUGUAUGGAAGCGCUUCUGAUCGCGACGCUAUACAGCUGAUCACCCUUAAAAAGAUCACGUCGCGGCUGUUUGAGAAUCCGCAGCAGCUCGAACAACAGGGCGAGCCCGUGUGCAUUGCGGUUUGCGCUAAAUAUAUUGCCUUUGGAACAUCCAAGGGUCACGUGCUGGCGUUCAACUACGACCAGUCUCUGGAGGCUGCCUUCUUUACCGGAGUGCCCAUCACAGCGAUCUCGUUUUCGCUGGACUCUAAUUCGCUUGCCACGGGCCACAGAACCGGCCAAGUGAGCAUUUACGAGCUUUCGAACCAGGACAGGCCGUGCCACAGCUUUGACUCUCUCAGCAGCCCGAUAUCCACGCUUUCGUUUAUCGGCAAGCGCCAUUCGGCUCUUCUGAGCACCACGGACGACGGCAGGCUUGUGUACCAUCACGCCACACGCACGCUGUUUGGAUUCAGCUGCAGUUCGCGAACACUGGCGGAAAAUGUCCUUGCUUCCGCACAGCUGUUGAUGGGCCCCGUGGCUUACCCUACAGACACUAUGGGCGUUCUCGCGCUGAUGUCGCCGUCCGGACUGACGGUUUUAUCGACAGAGCCGGUAGUGCAGACUCAUUUCAGAGUCGGGAAACCCAAAAUUCUCGACGAGACCGACACUUUUGGCUGCGUCCAGUGGUUUCCUGCUACCAAAGAGUUUCCCGCCCUGGCGUACUCGUGGGGCAACGUGCUGACCUUGAUAGACGUUGUGGCGGAGAGAUAUGUCGACGAGCGCAAAAGCGAGUCGGUCUUGCUCCGGUACGAGAACAAACGCAGGUACCCGUGCCAGGAGCCCAUAGUUGCCAUACACUGGCUGAAUGCCAAGGUUCUCGUGGUGCUGACCGUUUCACAACGCCUUUUCUGUCUUUCGCGGGAAAAACUACAGGUUCUUACUGAACAGGACGUGAUGAACAAGCACGUGAAGCAUCGGCUCGCAGACUCGCAGCAUCGCAGCUUUGCAGCUACGAGUGCAGUUUUCCGAGGAAAACUAUUUGUUCUGGGAAAAUACCAGGCGUUUUUGGGCUCCCCACGCAACUGGGCAGACGAGCUGUUUGAGUUGCUACAGUCGGGCCAGUACAUUAACGCACUGGAGACGGCACGCAUUCAGUACGAUGGACAAUGCGAUCUGGUUUUAAUCGGAUUGCCAAAAGAUGACGCCGAACGUCAUCAGAAAAUGCGCCAUCACAUCAUGCAGAUGCUCGAAGCGUCCUCCAAAUACAUCUUCACCGACCAGUCGGUUCUUGCGAUGGAACCUAUGGCACGAAAAGACGUUCUUGCGCAAUUCCUAGCCACUGCAUUCAGAGUCUGUGUCAGUCUGAAACCGGAUCCGGCGGUUUACGAGCAGCUGUUUGAGAGAUACGUGGCCAAUGGGCUUGAGGAUGUUUAUUUCGGCAUUCUGGAGAAGUUCAUCCGCAAACAAGAAAUUACUGUCCUGCCUCCUGUCGUGCUACGCAAAAUGGUGGCUCGCUAUGUCUAUGACGGCAGAGGCCAUACUCUGGAGGAAAUGAUUUGUUUCUUGGACUUGAAGCAGUUGGAUAUUGACCUGGCCAUCACUCUGUGUCGCGAACACCACUUGAACGACUCGCUAGCAUACAUCUGGAACACCAUGCUGGACGACUAUAUCACCCCACUCAUAGACGCUUUGAAAGCUUUGAAAAAGCAUAGCAACGAGCCGGAAUACCGCGAUUCCGACUACGUGUACGCAUACAUAGCGUACAUUUUGACUGGAAGACAGUAUCCGACCGAGAAGCCGCUUAACUAUAGAACGAGCGAGACAGCGAGAAAGAAUAUUUAUUAUGUGCUUUUCAGCGGAGCAGCCAUUUCGUGGCCCCGCGGGACUCCAAAAUUUCACAUCGUCGAUGAAGAAAACGUAGUCGAUGAGCCUGCGUUCCCGUACCUUUUUCUGCUGCUCAAGCACGAUGGAGCUCUUUUUUUCCGGUGUCUGAACGAAGUUUUUGAGGACACUUUUCUCAACGACAACGAAGUGUUUGGGUUUUCCAGCAACUCAGACACUUACGAGCUAAAGGUGAGCCGCCAAUACAUUCUCGACGUCCUGAUGGGCAUAUUUGGCGAGAACGACUUUGGCAGCAAGUACCAGACGUAUUUGGCUGUUUUCAUUGCCCGGAACUAUCCCAAAUACAUGCAGUUCAUUCGACUCUCCAAUUCUUUGCUGGAGGUGGUAAUUCGCGAUCUCUGUGCGUAUCCCGUUCCUGAACUCAAGGAGGAAUGCGAAUUGAGCCUGCAGAGCCUGCUUUCUGUGCACAAGCCCAGCACGUCCUUGGUACCAAUGCUGGAGUCUGCCGGGUUUUACAACGCACUAAUGAGCAUUUAUCAAUCUGAGCAGCGUGCGCUCAAGCUGCUGGAGCUUUGGAUUGAGCAGAAAAACAGGCCAAAGGCCACGGAGAUCAUAGAACGCUGUUUCAGACUCGUCAGAAACAAUACUGGCGAAAGGCUCGACGUGGAGCAGUUUCUGGAACGCCAUUUCUCCGAGUUUUGCGCCGACCCUGCCGCUGCAGCCAAAGUGUUCUCCGAGCACUGUCAAAAGCUCAACUCCAAGGCCCUCGAGCUGUCUCAGCCGCAGAAAUACGAAUAUCUGAGAGCAGUGUUCGAUAUCCGCUCUCAGACUGGACUCGAAGUAUCUUCGGAGAUGGAAGUUGCCUACGCAGAGUGUCUGCUUGAGUACGAGCCUGCCAGUCUCAAGCAGUUUGUGCUAGGUUGCAAGACGGACGAGAAAUUGAUGCAUUUUCUGAGAGAAAAUCAGCAGUUCGAGACGAUUGUCGAAAUCCACCGCAGAGCAAACGAGACCGAACAGGCCGUGGAGGAUAUCAUCCAAGCCUUGACCUACUGCGCCACACACCUCAAAAAGGCAGACAACAGCGACGUCCUCUGGAGGUAUUUGUAUCUGGGCUUUGACGUCAUUAGCGAAUCGCGGCUCACUCCAGACGUGUCGCAGGAUCUCCAGCCAGACGAGAGACUAUACCUGCGGCUUGUGGAGACUGCGGUUGGAUUUUUUGUGGCGGCCGAAGGGCCGUUACUGGACAGUUUCAAGCGGCUGGUCCAGGACGCAUUCACUACGCUAAUUAACAUCAAAAGAGACCACUCAGACUCGUUUUCUCGCAUCUUCAACGCGUUCCUGACGCGCUCUUCUGUCCAGCUGACGACGCUACAAGAGGUGCGGCCCGUGCUGGACGAGAUAUUUCAGGCCUACUCUCACCAGGAGGUGAUCUACAAAAUCAUCUUGCGGCUGGUGAACAACGACAUUUUCCAGGAAUUGAUGGUGCUACAGGCGAAAAGAGAAUCAGGCUGGUCGCUCGCCAACCUGGAGUGCGAGGUGUGCGGAAAGCCGAUCUGGGGGUCGAAGGUGAGCGCCCAGGUGUUUGAUGAGUGGCAGGAGUACCGUGUGCAGGGCGUCGUGCGCGCGCCGAUCGACGCAAAUAUCAUGAUGCCUACAUAA